AUCACUCCGCCAACGAACCUCCAGCUCCAAUCGCCCUUGCUCCGUCUACCUGCGGAGAUCAAGAACACCAUCUACAGCUACUGCUUCGACGCCGUCGAGCCCAUCGUCGAUGCCAUCGUGGGAUGUCCGAGACCUGAGGAUGGAAUAGCUCCCAAGCUUGGAGUGGAUAUUCUCCAGACCUGUCGCCGCGUCUACUACGAGGCCGAUCGCCGCCCACUGUUCGCCCAGAACCGCUUCCGUUUCUCAACCGUCGACCGAGUUCGCUGCUUCUUCAGGUCAUUGGAUCAAUACGAGCUAUACCGAGACAGCGUCAAAGAUAUCGAGAUUGACGCUCGAAAUGUCCAUUCCGACCACCCAGGGAUCGCAAGAGAGUGGCUGCAUUACCUGGCAUGGGGGGAAGGAAACUGGGGAAAGAUCCUGGGUUCACUUCGUGUUGACGCGCCAGGGCUGAAGUGCCUGCGGCUGAACUUUGAGUCAUGGCCAAGGAUUCCGAUGUUCCGAGCUGAGCUCUGGAAUCUAUUGAGGAGCAUGCUAAUGCAAGUCGAGGGCCUAGAAAGAGUAGUCAUCAUUGGAGCUAGCAAAGGUCGUGGCAUGAUCGCACAUGCGCCCUGGUCACCCGUUCAUUUUGUUGGUGGUGACGAUGUU